UAACUAGGAACUGUUUUUGCAAGAAGAGCUUGUUUCCCUCCGGAACCAAAACAACGUCACACGUCUGCUCUGGAGGAGGGAAACUGAAGAUGGCAGGUGCUAAAUCAGCUUUGGUUCUGUGCAUGGACGUGGGCUUUUCCAUGUCCAACUCCAGUCCAGGCGAGGAGUCUCCAUUUGAUCUCUCCAAGAAAGUCAUCCAGAAGUUUGUGCAGCGUCAGGUUUUUGCAGAGACCAAAGAUGAGGUGGCUCUAGUCCUGUUUGGCACAGACGCCACCAAAAACCCACUGGAAGAAGAUGAGCAGUACCAAAACAUCGUCGUGCAUCGUCACCUCAUGGUUCCAGACUUUGAGCUUUUGGAAGAAAUUGAGCACCAGAUCCACCCAGAGGGUCAGCAGGCAGACUGGCUGGAUGCCCUUGUGGUCUGCAUGGAUCUGCUUCAGAAAGAAACUCAGGGAAAGAAGUGUGAUCGUCUAAACAUCGUCCUCCUGACUGACCUCUGCACCCCGGCCAGCCCAGAUAAACUGGAGGUUAUUGUAGAAAACCUGAAGCAAGCGGAAAUCACCCUGCAGUUCUUUUUACCUUUUCCUGUGGAGGACGAUGAAGAGGGUGAAGAAGAUGGGGAGCAUGGAGACCCCGGUCACCCUGGUGCAGGGAAAGGUCUGUCCAGAGAACAGCAGAGUGGGCUGGAGAUGGUGAAACACAUCAUGCUGAGUCUGGAUGAGGAAGAUGGGCUGAAUGAAGUUUACACUUUCAGGAAUGCUAUAGAGCAGCUGCGUAUGUUUAAGCGCAUUGAGAGGAGACCGAUGGCCUGGCCCUGUCAGCUCACCAUUGGGAGCUCGCUGUCCAUUCGUAUCGUUGGCUACAAGGCGGUGACUGAGGAGAGACUGAAGAAGAUGUGGAUCACAGUUGAUGCUCAAACCAACAACAAGGAGGACGUGAAGAGAGAGACUGUUUACUGUCUGGAUGACGACAAUGAGACAGAGGUCCAGAAAGAAGACAUCAUUCAAGGCUUUCGAUAUGGAAGCGACAUCGUUCCCUUCUCUAAAGUUGAUCAGGAGCAGAUGAAAUACAAGCAUGAUGGGAAGAGUUUUGCUGUUCUGGGCUUCACCAAACAACAUCUGGUUUUUCGCCAUCAGUUCAUGGGAUCGCAGGUUGUCAAGAUAUUUCCUCCCAAAGAUGACGAGCAUGCAGGAGUUGCUCUGUCUGCGCUCAUCCGUGGACUGGAUGAACUGAAAAUGGUCGCGAUUGUGCGUUACGCUUAUGAUCGACGCAGCAACCCUCAAGUGGGGGCAGCUUUCCCCUGCAUCAAGCAGAAUUAUGAGUGUCUGAUUUACGUCCAGCUGCCUUUCAUGGAGGACCUCAGGCCGUUUGCUUUUCCCUCUCUUGAAAACAACAAAAAGAUUUGUCCUUCAGAGACUCAGCUGUCAGCUGUAGACUCCCUCAUUGACUCUAUGAUGCUGGUAGAAAAAGAUGAGAGUGGAGAUCUGAUUGACCUGCUGAAGCCCCACCACAUUCCUAACCCUGCCUUCCAGAGACACUUCCAGUGUCUGCAUCAUCGAGCAGUGAACCCCGGCACCCCUCUGCCUCCUUUGGAGCCGUGGCUGCAGGCUGUGCUCGAUCGUCCGGAGGUCAUUAAGGAGCGCUGCCAAGCUUCAUUAGAGGAGAUAAAGAGGAAGUUUCCUCUGACUGAAGUGGAAAAGAAAAAGAAGUUGAAGACCAGCGCUCAGAUUUUUGGCAAAGACUCUAAUGAAGCAAAUGCUGAUAAGGGGAAGGAAGAUGAAGCAGAGGAGGAGUACAACCUGGCAGACAUCGCUGAAGGCUCAGUCACUUCUGUGGGCAGUGUGGAUCCAGCUAGAGACUUCCAUCUCCUGUUGAAGCAGAAGAGUCUUCCAUUUGGAGAAGUUUGCCAGCAGCUGACGCACAGGAUCGAGCAGUUGCUUAGCAACAAGAACACACAAUACUACAUGAAGAGCAUCACCUGUAUCCAGGCUUUUAGAGAGCAAUCUGUUAAGAUGGCAAACGCUGAUCUGUACAAUAGCUACCUUCAGUCCCUGAAAAGGAGCAUUCCCAGCAGAGGCCUGGAGGUCUUCUGGGAUCUGCUUGUUCAAGACGGCGUGACUUUGAUCAGCAAUGAGGAGGUUUCGGGAAGUUUGAUUUCAAAGAAUGAGGCCAAUGAGUUUCUGAAAGCUGAGGAGAUUAAAGAGGAGGCAGCUGCACCCCCAGCAGAAGACACUGGAGAUGUUGAUGACCUGCUGGACAUGAUGUGAGAAGAGAGUGUCUGCAGAUUUCAGCAGUGGAAUGUAAUCUUUGAUCCAAACCAGACCAAACCAUUUAAGACGUCCAUUGUUCCGUGUGAAGAAGGCCUCUCUGCCUCCCACUCUGAGACUGAACAAGAAAUAGCUUCUGCAGAAUUAUGUUUAAGCCAACUUUACUGUUUACACACAAUGAAUAAAAACUCUUGUACAGAACAUUCACAAA